GAGGCGCUCGGAGCGAAGGAGCCGCGGCUGCCACUACUACCACCGCUGCUGCCGUCCAGCGCCACCCGUCCCGCCUCGAAGGACAACUCCACUCCACGCACCCCACCCGAGAUUUUUAUUUUAUUCCUUAAACUCUCACCAGAGAGUCUUCUCUCUCUUCUCUUCCACCCUCCGACUCUUCAAAACUGGGAAGGAAAAGACGACUCGAAGGAGGAGAGGUGAGGAACAGCAAAAUGAUGCUCCAACACCCUGGCCAGGUGUCUGCUUCGGAAGUCAGCGCCACUGCCAUUGUCCCGUGCCUGUCUCCUUCGGUGUCCCUGGGUUUUGAGGACUUCACAAAUCUAACUCCGCUGGUGAAAGAAGAAUUGAGAUUUGCCAUCCAGAACAAGUGCCUGUCGCACAGGAUGUCCUCCACGUUGGACACAGUCAUGGUUUCGGACAGACCUGGGGAAAUGUCUGUUUUGAAAGCAGAGUGUGCGCCUGAAGAUGAAAGGAAAAGGCGACGGAGGGAAAGGAACAAGAUUGCAGCAGCCAAGUGUCGAAACAAAAAGAAGGAGAAGACUGAAUGUCUCCAGAAGGAAUCGGAAAAGCUGGAAACCAUCAAUGCAGAACUGAAGGCUCAGAUUGAGGAGCUGAAGAACGAGAAGCAGCAUUUGAUCUACAUGCUUAAUCUGCACAGGCCCACCUGCAUCGUCCGGGCCCAGAAUGGGAGGACGCCGGAGGACGAAAGGAACCUCUUCAUUCAGCAGAUAAAAGAAGGAACCUUGCAAGGCUAAGUGACAAUGCCAGGUGCCCUUAGGGCAUGCCUCUGACACCAAAAAAUUAAACCCCAGCACAUCACCCCAAGCCAGAAGCCAUAGAGAAGGUAUCUUGGUAUUUGUGGUCUCCCGUUGGUCGAGAAAAGGCAGAGGAGAUGACAUUGCUAAGAAGAAAAGACUUGCGCUAGCUUAGCUGUGAUUCAGGUUUUAGUAUCUGCCAUACUUGCUGUUCCUAGAAGCCGUACAGCUAGAGACUUGCUAAACCCCUGAUGGCAUGUGGGACUUGCACUCGAGUAGAACACUAGGACUCGGCGUAAUGCACAUCUUGUGGACAGCCAAGCUGAGUGGAUCCCCCCCAUUUGUCCUUGAUUGGGGGUAGGAAAUGCUAGAUAGCGUGGGCUGUUCGAUUUGUUUGUUUCUUUUGCUUUGUACUUUCAAAAGAAAGAGGUUGGCAACUUCCAGAAUGCUGCUUUCAAUUCCGAAAGGCAUUGCGAUAUAACGGGAAUUACUGUGUUUCUAUAUCCUAGUGCAAUGUUUUUUAAACCGAGCUUUUACGCUCUCUUUGUAUUGUUGUUUUCAUGGAAGCCUUUCUGUGGGUUUUUUGAUGACUCACAUUGGGGGUGAUUUGUGGGUGAUAUGACAGGCAUCAGCUUCUGUAAAAAAGAAAAGAAAAGAAAACUCUGAAUGUAUCAAGCUGCAACAUUACCCCUUGGCUUGUUUGAAGAAAGGGGAAUUCCCCUUUGAGAAUCCACUUUAUGAGUCACACAUGUACAGUAUUCAGAAGGACUGCAUCACAUACAAAACAGUGACACGGUCGACAUAAAUGUUAAAUUAAUCCUCCUCUCUUGAUUUGUGGGCCACCGCCUCAUGAAUCCAGAACUUGCAAAUCUUUCCUGGGCACCACCUUUUUUUCCCCCAGAGCACGAAAUUCUGGUGGUUCUCAAGUUGCACAAAGGAAUGAUUGUGGAUGCAUUAACUGCAUGUAUUUUCAAAACUGCCCCAUGACAAUUACAGCUGUGCUAGGAAAAGAGACUUGAAAGUAGCCAGGUAGGUCUGUCAACAGCUGAAUAGCAGGCUUGGAGGUGCAGCUUCCGCUGUCGUUGUGCAUAAAGCUUGUGGUUAGAGUGUUGGUCCACAUUGAUACCCGAAGCUUACUGGGUGACCUUGAACCCGUUGCUGUCUCUCAACCCACAGCAUCUUGCAUGGAUAGUAGAGCUUGCACCUAUAUAAGUAUGAUCAUUAAAGAUCUCAGGCAGAGUAAUCCAGUGUUGGAACAGACAAAGCCCCUCUACAGAGUUUCAUAGCUUUGAUUCAUCUUGUCUGAUGCCAUGUCUUCUGACUGGUAGAGCCUCUUCAAAGACCCCAGACUCAGCUACAUGUAAACCUUGUCGGGUGUGGGACUUGCAUACAUUCAAAGCGUGUGCUCUGCAACUUGCGUUGUGGUACAUUCUUUGUUCCCUGUAAGGCUUUUUGCAUAGAUUACUCAUCUGGUUGUCGUACCAUUUACACAGAAUGGUGCUCUGGGUAUCUGGGGUAGAAACCCCAAGUCAAGUGUGAGCAAUGCUCAAGCAUCCUGUAUUCAUGCUAUUAACUCCAACAGUGCAGAUCGUUUUGGUGGUUGGGGGAGUCAAUUUCAGGUGUCCCCCUCCUACUCAAUAAACCAUUUGUCACCUGUUGGCAUUUCUCACCCCUUCUUCUGUGAGGGUCUCUGGACUCCUCCAUCACCUUUUAUUUAUCACUGAUAUGCCUAAGUAGUGCUCAGAUUGUGAGGUAGAGCAAAGAACAUAAGCUGAAAAAAUGGAGGUGAUUUCCUGAGCUUUUAUUUCUUAAUCCCUUCCUCCUCUGUGUUUAAUAUCAUAAUCAUGAAUUUCUGUGCCUCAGCACUGCUGAAUUUUCAAAUGCUGAAAUUUUUAGAUUUCCAGUUUGGGGAGCUGGGGCAGGGGGAAACUGAGUUUAUUUUCAAAACUCCAUUUGCUUUAGUCAAACUCUAACUUUUUACUAUAAUAACAAAUACCUUCCCCCCCCCCAAAAAAAGAGCUCACUCACCCUCUGAGGCAAAUCCCACUCAGUAUUCAAACACUGAAUUUAGGAACCUGAGUUACAAGAAGAGCAAUUUAAAUUUUGCAAAUCAGAUUUUUGUAUGCAGAUUUGGGAGAAAAAUCCUUAUUUUUGCCCAAACACUUUUCAGUUCUGUUAUGAAGUAUUAUUUCUAUUUUUAGUCUGCUGGGAUCUAAAUUUAGUUAUGUAAUCAAUACAGUAGACAAAGGCGUUUGCAGGAUAAAAUCCUUUGUUCACCAUUGUCCAGUGUUAAAACACACCCACAUACACAUCAUACCUCAGAACAAUAGUUUUCAAAGGCUAUAAUCCUAUACAGUACACACUUAGCUGGGAGUAAGGCUCAUUGAAUGCAAUGGGACUUCUGAGUAGAGACAUGCAUAGGUUUAUACUGUCAAUCUGUGGCUGGUAUACUUGAGCCUGCUGCCUGUUUUAUCUCUGUUUUUUACAUUCUGCAACAGAAGUACUUAAUACGCUUUCAGCAAUUUGGAUAUAUUAUAAUGUCCAAUGCUGUGUUUCAAAUGUAUAUUUCAUGUAACAAAAAAUGGAAGGAAGUGGGCCAAAUUCUGUCUCACCAGAGCGUGAUUUUUCUUCCUGCAGAGUUAAUUUAAUUUUGCUGUUUGUGAGCUUUUCCUCAAGUCAUGUUGGACAGCAGACCCCCACCCCCACCCCAGGCCUCCGCGUUGACCAUGCAAUGUACUGGGUUGGGGAGGAGUGCGUGGGAAGGGGGGGGGAGAGUUUAUUUACUAUGUUAACUAUGUGCAAUUCUGCUAACAAGAACCUUAGGGGGGGUUCCUGUAAUUAUGAAUAUAUAUUCUAGACAGUACUGGGUCGUCUUCAAUAUCUAAUGUUGUUGCUCCCUAAAAGUGAUACGGUGCUGUUGAUGGUGGGAUGCUACAGUCCAGAUCCAAAGAACGAAGAAAACUAUGGCUGUGUCCACACUCCCAUUUCCUGUGUGUGCUUAGUGCUGGGUUUUUAAUCCAUGUUCACACAGCGUUGUCCCAAAUGCACAUGUAACCUGCACUUUUGUGUGUGAAAUGCUGCCGUCUGAUGCAUUGUUGCUCAAACCAGCUUCACGCCAAGUGGAGUCCUUAAGGCUUUCCUAAUUUGUCUCUGGCCAAGGGGUGAACGCCUUUGCAUGGGGUAAAGGCACCCCCACCGCAAUCAACCCCUGGCAUGUACACAAACAGAAACAAUGAAGCCGUGCUGAUGUGAACAGCUGGGGGUAGGGUGGUCACGGGGAGAGUGCUGGAAACACAUCACUGCAGUCUUAGGUAGCAAUGGGAUUGCACCCUCUAACAGUCAGGGUGUUGCACUGUUUUCCCGCUCUGCAAUCAAAAGAGCAUAUUUGGAUCUGGGUUUGCUUUGCUCAUGGUACGCUCUAGUGCUGCAAUGGGGAUCCUGUGGUCCUCCAGAUGUUGUCACAAUUCCUACCAGCUCCCUGGCCAGUUCAGCCAAUGGCCAGGGAUGCUUUGAGUUAAUCCCAAGGGAGAUACGGGUUCCCUAUCCCUUCUGUUAGCAACUAGGCCUUCCAUGAACAAAUGCACUUCUCAUACAUGGAAGGGCUCCUUGGGAUCUACACCCUAGGCUGGUAUGAGGGGCUGCUAACAUUAGCCAGAGAAGGCCCCUGCCCAUCAGCUGUGCUGUAUCAAAGGCCCCCUGCUUUGUCUAUGUAUUUAACGUGUUUCCAAAAGCAAUUCAGAAAAUGAUAAUAAAAGAAUGGCCUCUGUUGCAUGUAUGAUGUUCUCAUACAUAGAGUCUUUGUUAACUCUCAACGCAGAAUUAAUGUUUUCCCUUUUGAGAGGUGUUUUAAUAUUGCGGUUCUACAGCUUAUUUAAAAUGACGCAGGCGUCUUGCUGCUGCUGCUGCUGCUGCUGCUGCUGCUGCUGCUUCGGUUGAAACACAAAUGACUUUAAGCGAGCAUGCCAAAUGUUUACAACGGCACUGCUACUUUUUCAAAGAUAAUCUUGGUUCAGCUGUGGCUGCUUCCUCGUGUGUGGUUGUGUGUGUGUGUGUGGUUGCGUAUGUGGGUAAGUGUGCAGUGCACAUACCUCAAGAUUAUACAGUACCAAUAGUAUACAUCCUAUAUAUCUGUUUGCAUUGCUUGAGAGUUGCAUUGCUGGACACCUGGGGGACUCCUGCACUCUGACAGCACCGUGGCAGGAAGGAGCUCAGCUGCCUAAACGUCGCCUGUCUGCAGUGGCCGCCAGCAGCAGUAGCUGAACUCCUUCCUGUUCUUCAGGGCACAGGCAAACUCCUUCCAGGCCAGGUUUGAUGCUGCUGGCUUCCAAGCCAAGUGGGAGGAUUGUUGAAUGAAAGAACUGCAUGAAUUUAUGUAUCUGUUUUAUUCUGAACAUUUAAUAAUGCAGUAGAAGCAAUUUGUUUUCUAUUCUUAAGUUUUAUGUUUUGAUACUUUAAUAAAAAAAAAGACUAAUA